CCAGGUUGCAGCCACUGCCGUGCGUUGCCCCGCCCCUUCCGGGGUUGAGCCUCAGCAAAAUAAAGUAGGUUAACGAAACAGUUGGUAUUUAGUUUGUUAUGUGCAAUUAAGAGGAAGACUCCUGCAGUUGUCGUCUGAUCCAGUUCGACCAUGCUCCAGAGGCUGGCUGUGUCCCUGCGGCGGCCCGCUACCGCUCCCCUUGCGGCGGCGGCGGUACGAUGCGCCUCGUCGGGCUCAGUGGACGUCACGGUCCCGCUGAACUUCUGGGCUGGGAAGAGAAGGACGAGCCGAGGGAAACACAGCGAGGAAACCGUCUAUGAACCUGCAACAGGGCGAGUCUUGUGCCAUUUGGAGCCGUGUGGAGCUGCGGAUGUCGAUCAGGCCGUGGAAUCUGCCAAGUUGGCCUUCGGCCACUGGAGCAAACUGUCUGGGAUGGAGAGGGCAAGGGUCAUGAUAGAAGCUGCCCAUAUAAUUGAGGGCAGGAGAGAGGAGAUCGCUGAAAUGGAGGUGGUCAACAAUGGGAAGUCCAUCACGGAGGCCCGUCUGGACGUGGACUCUGGUAGACUGUGUAUAGAGUACUACGCAGCAAUGGCCAGCACUCUGGCAGGCCAGCAUGUGCAGUUGCCCGGAGGGUCCUUUGCCUACACCCGCAGGGAGCCUUUGGGGGUCUGUGUCGGCAUUGGCGCUUGGAAUUAUCCUUUUCAGAUAGCUGCCUGGAAAUCGGCUCCAGCCCUGGCCUGUGGCAACUCCAUGGUGUUCAAGCCGUCACAAGUGACACCCGUAACAGCAGUCAUGCUGGCAGAGAUCUACGAGAAGGCCGGAGCUCCGGAGGGACUGUUCAAUGUUGUGCAGGGCAGACAGGAGACCGGCAGCCUUCUCUGCCACCACCCUGACGUGGCCAAGGUGUCCUUCACUGGGAGUGUGUCCACAGGCAAGAAGAUUAUGGAGAUGGCAUCCAAGGGGGUGAAACCCGUGACUCUGGAGCUCGGGGGAAAAUCUCCCCUGCUCAUAUUCCAGGACAGCGAUCUGGAGAACCCUGUGCGAGGAGCUCUCAUGGCCAAUUUCCUGUCCCAAGGCCAGGUCUGCAGCAAUGGGACGAGGGUCUAUGUUCAGAAGGAUAUUUUGGCAGAGUUCGUGGACAGGGUGGUGAAGAGGACCCAGGCGAUUGAGAUAGGCGACCCGCUGUUAGAGAGCACCCGGAUGGGAGCACUGGUCAGCCAGCCACAUCUAGAAAAAGUCCUGUCCUAUGUUGAUCAGGCCAAGAAAGAGGGAGCCACAGUGUUGUGUGGAGGUGAACAUUUUGUCCCAUCAGACCCCAAACUCAAAGGUGGAUACUACAUGACUCCAUGUGUGUUGGGCGACUGCACAGACGAGAUGAGCUGUGUGAAGGAGGAGAUCUUCGGUCCCGUCAUGUCCGUGUUGUCCUUUGAAACGGAAGAGGAAGUGCUGCAGAGAGCCAACAACACCACCUUGGGUCUUGCUGCAGGGGUUUUCACCAAGGACGUGAAUCGGGCCCAUCGUGUGGUCGAACACCUCAAGGCAGGUUCCUGUUUCAUCAAUAACUACAACAUCACCCCCGUCGAGGUUCCCUUCGGAGGCUUCAAAAUGUCAGGCAUAGGACGGGAGAACGGCCAGGUGACCAUUGAGUACUACUCCCAGCUGAAGACUGUGUACGUGGAGAUGGGAGACGUGGACAGUCUCUUCUAGAAAACAAACACACGGGACGAUGUAUAUGUUAACACUGAGCCAGGACUCUCUCUCCAGGACUUCUCUUCCAUCACUCAGGGGGAAAAAAACUAUAAAAUGUUAGUGUUCAAAAAGGGGAUGAGAAGUGAGCCUUGAUCUAUGGGGCUCAAGUUGUCUGUCCUGAAUGUGAGCCAUGUUUUUUUUUUUCCUAUUUUGUCAAUCAGAGACAAAUAGCUAUGGUAACUAAGAGACAUGUUAAUGUCACAUUAUCUGGAAUCAAAUAUUAUUUUCUGUGCCAAACGGAUCUGAUGAAAGUCAGUUUUUUCGUAUUUACUGAACAAUAAUUGCUUUCAGUGACUUCAGCAUCGACGAGUUGCACUUUGUGUUUAAUGAAUUGCGCUGCAGCAGUUCUGCCUUGUCACAUGUAGAGACUAACAUUUCAAAUGUGUUUUACAUUUGGAAAAACAAAGUUUACAAUCAAGUUUUAUUUCUUGAACAAUACAUAUCAAUAUAUAUUUGUACACAUACAGUACACAAAUAAGACACAUUUGAACAUUGUGUUGAUUUCGUUUCAUGUAGCUUGUUCACUUCAUUACACAUUAGAACUGUGAGAGCAACAUGUCUCUGUGGUUAGAGGUUAAAUCAUCGAAGGAACGCAAAUCAUACAACUUUUAACUUAAACUCGUGUCUGUAAAUAUAAAAAUAAAACUAAGACAUUUUUCA